CUUUCUUGGAGGAGACGGGGUACGCCUGCGCCACUUACUAGAUCGCGGGGCUGCAGGACCCUUGAGAUGAAGCGUGUUUUCUCACUGUUAGAAAAGUCUUGGCUUGGUGCACCAAUACAGUUUACGUGGCAAAAAACAUCAGGAAACUACCUUGCAGUUACAGGAGCUGAUCAUACUGUGAAAAUCUUUGAUCGCCAUGGUCAAAAAAGAAGUGAAAUUAACUUACCUGGCAACUGUGUUGCCAUGGACUGGGAUAAAGAUGGAGAUAUCCUAGCAGUGAUUGCUGAGAAGUCCAGUUGUAUUUAUCUCUGGGAUGCCAACACAAAUAAAACCAGCCAGCUUGACAGCGGCAUGCGGGAUGAAAUGUCUUUCCUUCUUUGGUCAAAAAUUGGAAGUUUCCUGGCUGUUGGAACUAUUAAAGGAAAUUUGCUUAUUUAUAAUCAUCAGACAUCUCGAAAGAUCCCUGUCCUGGGUAGGUUAUAGCUGGAAACUGCUAAACAUUUGAGAU